GAGAUAAAACGACGUCACGAUGCAUUGUUUCAACCUGGUCUCGGAUGCUGCAACAUAGCUACUGCCUCAUUGAACCUUAAACCAGACGCCAAGCCAGUCUUUAGACCGAAACGCCCGGUGCCCUACGCAACCCAGUCUUUAGUGGAAGCCGAGUUAAAUCGACUACAAUCUGAAGGGAUAAUCGAACGAGUUCACUAUUCCGAAUGGGCAGCACCUAUCGUGGUGGUAAAGAAAGGAAACGGUAAAGUCCGUAUUUGUGCUGAUUUCUCGACAGGUUUGAAUUCUGUGUUGGAAGAUCAUCAGUAUCCCCUGCCGGUACCAGAAGACUUGUUCAGCAAACUCAAUGGGGGGAAAUGUUUCGCAAAACUUGACCUAGCUGAUGCGUAUUUGCAAAUCCCAGUUGCCCAUCAGUGCAGAACAUUGCUGACAGUAAAUACCCACCUCGGACUUUUUCAGUACAACCGGCUGCCGUUUGGAGUGAAAACCGCACCGGCCAUUUUUCAACAAAUAAUGGAUACCCUGCUGAGCGAUAUCCCAAAUACAGCAGUAUACCUGGACGACGCGCUGAUUAUGGGCUCAGAUCCGCAAGACUUGAUACAGACACUGGAGAGAGUGCUUUCGCGUCUUCAGGAAGCUGGAUUCCGAUUACGGGCUGAAAAAUGUGAGUUCCUAUUAGAAAGUGUCAAAUUUCUUGGGUUCAUCAUCGACAAACAUGGCCGGCGCCCGGAUCCCGCCAAUAUUGAAGCCAUCAAAAAGAUGAAGCCACCAGAAGACAUUGCAGAGCUCCGCUCUUUUCUUGGGCUCGUUAGCCAUUACAGUGCUUUCCUACCAAGCCUUCACCAAACCAGAGGACCGCUGAACCAGCUACUGAUAAAAGACAAGGAUUGGAAAUGGACGAAGGAGUGCCAGCAGUCUUUUGAUGCAGUCAAAGAAGCUCUCACUUCCGAUCUACUCUUGACUCACUUCAAUCCGAAUUUCAAAAUUGUCGUUGCUACGGAUGCUUCAAAUUAUGGUGUCGGUGCAGUUAUUUCCCACGUUUUUCCGCAUGGAGGAGAGAAGGCUAUCGCGCACGCAGCACGGUCACUAACGCCAGCUGAAAAGAACUAUAGCCAGAUAGAGAAGGAAGCGCUCGCGAUUGUUUUCGCAAUGAAACGGUUCCAUAAGAUGCUGUAUGGCAGACAUUUCACGCUCCUGACUGACCACAAGCCUCUUCUGUCGAUAUUCGGUUCAAAGAAAGGAAUUCCAGUUUUUACGGCAAACCGAUUGCAACGAUGGGCGACCAUACUACUGGCCUACGACUUCAGUAUACAGUAUAAACCGACGCAACUAAUCGGUCAAGCGGAUGCCCUGUCUCGUCUCAUCAGUUCACACCCAAAGGAGAAUGAUGAUUGUGUGAUUGCAGCUAUCAGUUUCGAAGCAGAAGUCCAACGAAUCCUGGCUGAUAAUGUGAGAAGACUACCAGUAACAGCCGACACUAUUCGUAUGGAGACAUCACGGGACAGAAUCUUGGAGAAAGCGAUGCACUGGGUACGAACAUGUUGGCCAAAUGGAGGCAUACCUAUGGAGUUGCGGCCGUUUUACCAUCGACGUGCAUCCCUGUCAGUCGUGGACAAUUGUCUGAUGUUUGGAGAUCGAGUGGUGGUGCCAAGGAAAUUGCAGAGGCAAAUAUUGCAGCAGUUCCACACGGGGCACCCUGGUACCAGCCGCAUGAAAGCCUUGGCACGCAGCUUUGUUUACUGGCCAGAAAUGGAUUCGGAAAUUGAAAAAUUCUGCCAACAGUGUGAAUCUUGUCAACUUGCAGCGAAGGCUCCUCCCAAGUGUCAGUGGCAACCUUGGCCUAAGGCAGAGAAACCGUGGCAACGAAUACACGUAGACUAUGCAGGACCGAUCAAUGGCCAAUCCUAUCUCGUUUUGGUUGACUCAUUCACCAAGUGGCCUGAUGUGAUUCCGGUAAACAAUCCGACUGCACAGCACACUAUCAACGAGCUGGAGAAGCUGUUCCGAUACUUCGGCCUGCCAGAGGUGUUAGUGACAGACAAUGGAACACAAUUUACCUCGACUUCUUUUCGCGAGUGGUGCAAAGAAAAGGGAAUUCAUCAGAUGUUCUCACCACCAUAUCAUCCUCAAUCAAACGGACAGGCGGAAAGGUUUGUGGACACGUUCAAACGUGCACUCUGUAAAGCAGGGCAAAAAAGGGCUUCACAGGAUGCAAUUCAAGCUUUUCUAUGCAUGUAUCGGAACGCUCCGAAUCCAAACUCCCCUGAUGGGAAAGCCCCCACAGAAGUACUAUUUGGAAGAAAGAUCCGGACGUUGUUUGAUAAUCUUUUACCAAGAAGAAUAGAAAAGCACGGCAACAGUCACCAGGAGGAAGAUUGCAAGAUCAAGCUCCGUAACUUCAAUGUUGGUGACAUGGUCUACGCCCGGGAUUUUCGAAGGCCGAAGGGGUGGUCUAGUGGAACGGUUAUCGGAAGGAAAGGCAGAGUUAUCUACGAGGUGAUGGUUGGACGUGAGAGAUGGAUUAGGCACAUCAAUCAGCUGAGACCGAAUCAUGGCAAAACCCAAGGUCCUCAGGAACCACCAGCUUUACAUUGGGACAUCCUACUAGACACGUUCGGGUUGGAAGCUGAAUGUCAGCAACCAGGUGAGACGAAACAAAUGCCGCAGAAAUCAGAUGCACCAUGCAGGCCGGCGCGGAAGCGGAGAAGGCCACAACGGCUGCAAAUCAAUCCCCGGGCGAAAAGCUACGAACACACUCAGGUUCGAAGGGUGUGCAGGCUGACUCAAUUCGGAAGGGGAGGUGACAGUUGGACGAGAAAGCUGAGAGCCGACGCUCGCGCGUUUACCACCAAGCGUGCUUGGGAAGGACUCUACGAGCGUGUUACCAGGGCCCAGCCGAAAUCUGAUCAGACACCAGGCGUGUUGCCAAGGCCAGACCGGAAGCUGAUGAAAUCACGCGUCAGACAUCACGUGCGUUGCCAUGCGCCGGGUAGGCGAACGAAGACUGUAGUACCCGAGCAACACGGUGAAUCGGACAGAUGCAGCGGACAAGUAGGUGUGCAGCGUGGGCUUAGAGCCAAAUCCGCCUGGUGAUAGUGACAUAUAAAUAUGACCGUUCUUUGCCUUAAUACAACUCUGGUCUGCUGAGUAGUCUUCUGUCUUCGUUCCGGUCGGGUUUGCCAAGGCGUAAAUCAGAGCACGCGUGAAGGCGCAGAU